AAAAAUAACAGCAACUAUUUGUUGCUAAAAAGAAACUGCUACUAUUUUUAUUGUAAUUUACAAAUAAUCAAAUGUGUGUUUGUUUGUCAUUUAAGGAAAUUAGGGUAGGCAAACAGAAAUAAACAGAAAUAUUGGACCGUUCUGUAAAUUUGAGGAACUCUUGAUGGGUAGCAAAUCCAAAUUCCCGGCCUAGCUUCUCUCUCUCUCUCUCUCUCUAAGCAGCUCUUCAAACCCUAACGACGAGAGCAGUCGCUAUCGGAGACGCGAUUCUGAAGUUUCUCUUUGCAAUCCUUCGUCCGGAAAGUAAUCUCCGCCGCGGAUUUAGUCUUCAUUGACGAUCCCUCCGCCAAGAUGUCCAUCCAUUGUUUUUGAUUUAGGUCAUCGGAGCUGAAUCCGUUUUUUUUUUCUUUCUCGUGAAGAAGAGCGACAGAGUCAUCAUCUUCUGUAAAGUAAUCAAAAGAGAAUCUGUAAGAUUUGUUUUCCCUUUCGAAGAUAUUUUUUCGAAUCUUAAUCUCCGUAGCUCGCUAGGUUCGUUUAAACCCUAAGCUUAAUUGUUCAGUUGUUUGUUGAAUCUCGAGAGAGAUGAUGCAUUGAUUGCACACGUUUAGAUUGUUAGGGAUUCGUUUUGUAUAUUUCUCAAGAAUCUGAUGAACAUCAAACUGUAUCAGUGUGUUGUAUGAGAGUGAGAGACGAGAAGCUCUGCGUUAUAUAAGUUUAUCUAUGGAGCUUUCUUCUCCGAGGGAACGCGUGUUAUCUUCGUCUGAUUGUAUGAGUGAUCCUGAGGAGGAGCAUGAGAUCAGCGAGGAGGAGGACGAUGAUCGUAACCAUAAGCACCGGAGGAAAGAAGAAGAGACGAGGUCUCAGUCUUUGGAACAAGGCUCUUCUGAUCAGGCAAGGCCGUACAGGAAAAACUAUAGAAAUUUUGAGAAUGGGAAUACGUUUGGUGAACAUGAGAAGCGGCCUCAGCGUGUGCAGUUUGAUAGUCAGAGAGCAAGAUCGAAUCCAAUGUUUUCAAGGGACGCUGGUCAUGGUAGAGGUAGAGGCAAUUAUGGUUCUUGGGGUCAGCGUGAUUCUAGGUUUAAUCCUGUUGAUCUCUCGCCUCAUAUGGUCCCCGGCAUGUUUGGAGCGAGGGGACUAGCUGGUGUUUCAGCUGCUCAGAGCGCGCCGUGGCCUCCUUUUGGAAUGCUUAAUGGAGUUCCAAAUGGUGGUUUGGAUGCUUUCCAUCAUAUGCAAGGCUCUCUAAGACCGCCCUUGAAUGCGGCACUUAACAUGGGUAUUCCUCGGCAGCGAUGCAGAGACUUUGAGGAGCGUGGGUUCUGCCUCAGAGGGGAUAUGUGUCCCAUGGAGCAUGGAAUGAAUCGUAUUGUUGUUGACGAUGUUCAGAGUCUAUCACAGUUCAACCUUCCCGUUUCUGGCCCUGGUGCACCUCAUAUGGCAACUUCGUCUAAACCAGUGCCUGCACAGUUUGGAAGUGCUAAUUUCAUGAAUACCAAAGGAGCUCAUGGGAAGACUAAUGAGGGUGGAAUGGCUGUUGAUGGUAUGGGUUAUGGUGAUGCAUAUCCUAGUGCAGGUGGAACUGAUUUUUACGAUCCUGAUCAACCUUUGUGGAAUAACAGUGCCGGUGAAACGUCAGGGGCAUUGCCUGCACUAAGUUCUCAUGGGAUUGAUGAGAAUGUAGCUCCACUGGAUGACAAUAACCAAGAUGGCCCUGAAAAUGCGGGUGGUAUUCGGGACUCAAGAAGCAAAAGUCAACCGGUUUGGGGAAGAACGCGUCAUGCAAAAACUGAUGCAGGAUUAAAUUCAUCAGCUGGUUUUGAAGAUCAACUGAAGGAGGUUUCAAUCAAUUCAUCUCGACACGGCAAACAAAACCACGUUGGUGAAAGUGUCUCAAAAGUUGUUGGUUCAUCAAAUACUUCAAGUGAUGCGAUGAACAACACAAGAAAAGCAAUGCAAAAGGCAAUGCGGACUCUAUUUGUCAACGGUGUUCCCCACGAGAUCAACAGAAAGGACCUCAUUCUUGCCCAUUUUCAGAAAUUUGGGAAAGUUAUUGACAUUCACAUCCCAAUAAAUAGUGAACGAGCAUUUGUUCAAUUCUCAAAACGCGAAGAGGCUGAAUCUGCUCUGAAGGCACCUGAUGCUGUGAUGGGUAACCGCUUUAUCAAGCUUUGGUGGGCAAAUAGAGAUAGUAUACCUGAUAAUGUCCUCUCCACUGGCAAUGGUGCUUCUGUGAAGGGUCGUGUUAUGACUGCUUCCGGAGGGCAGAGCCAACUGCCUAUUGCUGCAGCAUCGAAAAGCAACCAUGUAACUUCCACUGCAAAGGGUCCUGCCUUCCACGGCUGUGGCGCUCCAUCAUCAUCUGAACAGCCUAAGCCUGUGGGUUUCGCAAGUGGUCCCAAGGUUACGCCGCUUCAGCAGAAAAAAGCAGACGAUCUUGAGCGGUUGAAGGAGACACUUCGGAAAAAGCAGGAAAUGCUGGAGCAGAAGCGUGAAGAGUUCCGCAAAAAGUUGGCGAUGCUUGAAAAACAAGGUACGGUUGUCAAGGGAGAGGAAGCAGACGAACCCGAUGCUAAGCGUGUUAAAGUAGACACGGCCUCUAACUCCGGUGCUGCAGUCCCAUCACCAAAUACAGAGUCAUCCGCAGAUAAGAAGAAAGUGCCUAUCCAGAAACCACUUUAUUCUGCUAAAAUAAGCACUGAAACGCCAUCUCCCGAUCCGAAACACUUAAAGCAAAGACCGUAUCCGUUCACCACAAGUUUGAACACUCCUAUGGUGAAUAGGUAUAAGUUGGACAACCGCCCGACUACCAUCAAAGUUGUUCCUCCUUUGCCAACCGGGUUAGCUGAUGUUGCUGUCUUAAAGGAACAUUUUUCAUCUUAUGGCGAAAUCUCAAAAGUGGAACUCGAAGACAGUGCAUCGAUUGAUAGUGGCAAGGAUCAGGAUGAAACAGAUAAAGAAAACCGUGCAGUUUGUAUCACAUUUGUGAAACGCAGCGCAGCAGAGAAAGCAUUUGCUAACGCGAAAUGCUGGAAAGAACACACGUUGCAGCUCAAGUGGGUAACACGUCCAAGCAACAGAGAGAAUAAUCAUAGCAACAACAACAAUAAUCUCUCUGUUACUGGUGACCACCUUAGCAGCAAAAACAAGUGCACUGCUUCUGUCUCUAAUGACCCAAAACCAAAAGAUGAAGUCAAAGCCUCGUCUACAGAAGAACUAGAGAACACAAAUGUCUCUGGAGACGACAAGACGUUGGAUGAACGAGAGACCAAGGAAAGCGAUAAUGGCAACAGUAAAAGUAACAGCGAGUCCAUCGAAGGAGCUUCUGAAGCGGUUGCAGUGUCUGAAACUGAUGAAGAACAGAUAAAUGGUUAAGUUGGGGAAGAAGAUUCUUGUCAGUGAGGUAAUAUUUUGUGAGAAACAUAAUCUUUGUUUGUUGAAUCUGGCAUUAGUGAUCUUCUCUCCGUUUUAGGCUUUUUAGCCAAUUCGUGAGACGUUAAUAUUUGUUGGUAGCAAAAUUAUAUCUAAGUUUUUCGCCUUUUUUUGGAUAGUAGAAUGUGAAAAAGAAAAAGGGAAAAAGAGAAAAAGACAAGACAAGAAACAAGUGUAUUGUUACAUUUGGCCUUCCAAGAACAGUGGUUUGGUCUUUGGUUUUCAGUUCUUAGUUUCUAUAACAGUUCGACUUCUGUUGUAUAUACACAUGUGUACUUGGAGACUGCUUUAGUUGAGACGAAAAAUAGUGUGGAAUCUACAAACGGCAAAGCAUCUUGGAAAUUUACGCAAUGUUUUGUUAGCUAGAUUUAUAUCAUUAUUGUUUGCUAGGAUCGGAAUCUUGGAACUAUAUUAUUUGUUCUAGUUUUAACAUUUAUCAAAGACCAAUUGUAGAACAAUGAGAUUGAAACUCGAUGGAUUUGGAUAGUAACACAUUUCUAGAUUAAUGACACAAAAGAAGGCUUGAGAAUUUCUUUCACCAAUCCAAGAACAUUAAACCAACAGACCAAAUAUGUCCAUGCACUAAAUUUUAAAGAUAAAACACACAAAUUUGUCUGAUCCAGUUCUAUUUUCCGGGAACGAAGUUGGUGGCGUAAGCCCACGCAUUGUUAGCCACAGGGUCCGCAACAUGAUCGAACAGAUUCUCUAUCGGACCUUUACCAGUAACAA